CCCACUCCACUCGUGCAGAGCACAUCCACAUCUAGCUCAUCCAAACCCCAAACCCCCAAUUGGAACCAAGGUCCUAGAAGAAAAAAAAUCAUUGCGGCGGCGGAUCGGAGGUAGAAGAAUCAAUCAAUGGCUUCCGACGGCGUGGUGGCUCUGUACGGCAACAACAACAACGCGGUGGUGGAGCCGUCCUCGAAGCCCGCCGCCGCCACCUUCUCCGUCAAGGUGGGCCUGGCCCAGAUGCUCCGCGGCGGCGUCAUCAUGGACGUGGUUACCGCGGACCAGGCGCGGCUGGCCGAGGAGGCCGGCGCGUGCGCCGUGAUGGCGCUGGAGCGCGUCCCGGCGGACAUCCGCGCGCAGGGCGGCGUGGCCCGCAUGUCGGACCCGGCCCUCAUCCGCGACAUCAAGCGCGCGGUGACCAUCCCGGUCAUGGCCAAGGCGCGCAUCGGGCACUUCGUGGAGGCCCAGAUCCUGGAGGCCGUCGGCGUGGACUACGUGGACGAGAGCGAGGUGCUCACCCUCGCCGACGACGCGCACCACAUCAACAAGCACAACUUCCGCGUCCCCUUCGUCUGCGGCUGCCGCGACCUCGGCGAGGCGCUCCGCCGCAUCCGCGAGGGCGCCGCCAUGAUCCGCACCAAGGGGGAGGCGGGCACGGGGAACGUCGUGGAGGCCGUACGCCACGUACGCUCCGUCAUGGGCGCCGUCCGCGCACUGCGCAACAUGGACGACGACGAGGUCUUCAGCUACGCCAAGCAGAUCGCCGCACCCUACGACCUGGUGAUGCAGACCAAGCAGCUCGGCCGCCUCCCCGUCGUGCAGUUCGCCGCGGGCGGUGUCGCUACCCCCGCCGACGCUGCCCUCAUGAUGCAGCUCGGCUGCGAUGGCGUCUUCGUCGGUUCCGGCAUCUUCAAGAGCGGCGACCCGGCGCGCCGCGCCCGUGCCAUCGUCCAGGCCGUGACGCACUACAGCGACCCGGAGAUCCUGGCUGAUAUCAGCGCUGGGCUUGGGGAGGCUAUGGUGGGCAUCAACCUGUCCGACCCCAACGUCGAGCGCUUCGCCGCCCGCUCCCAGUAGCUUUCCGUUGCUUGUUUCUUCUUUUUUUGUCAAGUUGAUCCUGCUGCCAUGGAUCGUUGUCGUCGUAAUAACUCGAAUCCAAUCGGAUCUUCCUUGCAUCA